AUGGCGUCGACUCCGUUCCGGUCUGGAGCGGGCGAUCCGCUGAUUGCGAGAUCGUCGUCAAUCCCCCGAGACGAGGCUCAGGAAGUGCCCGAGUCCUUCAUCGCCGCCUCGGGAGAAUACUAUAACCCCGACGACCUCCAACAGUACGUUAGCGGGUUCGGCACCGAGCAAUUUAAGAACAUAUGGGACGCGCCGCCGAUUGUCCCGACGGGGCCCUUUGAGGGUUCGACCAGCGGCUCGCUUUUCGAUGAGGACUUCGACUCGGGCACCGCGUCUCCCAAGGCGCCCGUUGCAGCAGCCGACACCGUUUCCCUGAACGCGAAUGGCCAUCUUGAUCUCAUGGCCGCCUUUCGGACCGCCGAGGCCUCGGUCUCCCCAUUUACGCUCGCCGGCCAGUCGUCGACUUUUCUCGGGGCCCCCGAUGGAGGCGAUAUGUUUGCGUUUGGCAGCAGUGACGAGGCCGCGACCAGCCAGCCCUUCGUCUUUUCAAUCCCUCCAGCCGACCCGUCUGGUAUUACUCUUGCCUUUCAGAACUAUAGGCAGGCAAAUAUGGAGGUGGCUCGACCAGAAGAGUUAGUUCAGCAGGUCAUUACGCCGCCGGACAUGACGAGCCCAAGAGGCCAAAAACGAGUGGCGGCUCCAGAACCGCCCGCCUCAGCUCUCCAGACGGCAGAGCCAUCGCCAGUAGCCACCCCUUCGUUUCAGUCGCCUCAGUGGGGACAGCUUGGGCAACUGCAGCAGAGCCCUUCUCAGCAUACCGAGGGCAUACCACAAAUGCCCACUCUCGAUUUCCCCGCCUUCACCUACCUCGGCGAGUAUGGCGUGAAUAUUCAGCAGUCUGCCCUCAAGUCUCGCGUUGAGACGCAAAUGAUGGUUACCAUAACCAUGUCUCACCUGCCCUUGGGCGUCACGAAGCUGCAUCUGCCUCCUCAUACCAUCUCCAAGCCCAAGCACAGGUUGAGGCCUCCUCCGACCCCAUCUCCCGAUACGCUGGAGCUCUAUGUCAGCUUAGUAUGCACGACCCCUAUGGAGCAGCCGGAGCUGAGGCAGAGGGCCUUGCAGAGAGCUGCCGAGGUCGAUCACAGAUACCUUCCCACCCCGGAAGAAGUUGAGCACGAGACUCAAAAUGGCUGUCAAGUUCGCAUUUGCCCGAAAUGCAUGGAGAGAGAGCGCAAGCGAGCCAACAGGAAGAAGGAGCACGAGAGGUCCGAUCAAGAGGAGCUUUGGUACUUGGAUGAGUCGCACCGCAUCAUCAUCUUCAACACCUUCGAGAUGAGUGAUUGGCGACCGCCGACCGCGCAGAAGGAGAAGGGCUCCGAUAAGCCGGCGCAAGCGGAACUCUUCCGACAAUGCCCCACGGCCAUGCAAGUCGUGGUGCCUAUGCGACUCGCGUGCUACUGCCGUCAUCAAAAGGAGAAGACGGGCUUCAGGGUGAUCUUCACCUUCAAGGAUUGGAAGAACAACGUCGUUGCACAGGCCAUGUCUGGCUCCAUCAUGAUCACAGAUGACCACAAGACCACUUCGCCUUCAGCGGUGGACGACGCUCCGGAACUCGAGCCUCAGGGCCCGGCUAAGAGGAGAAAGGCGAGCUCAGCAAGCUCAUCGGGCUCAUCGAGCACACACAACGCGAUGAGCGACCGGCCAUCAUCGGCAGCAGCGGAAUCGCAGGCCUUGACCACGAACCACCAGGCUCCUCCAGCACGCCUGCCCUUCCAGGGCGGUUCGGCGCAGCUCACUCCCGCGGUCAGCCCCGUCUUCUCGCCCAACAUGCAUUCUUUCCAACAGUCGCAGGGCCACAUGGGCGCCAUGACCCCUCAUGUACAGGUGCCGACCGGCCCCAACGCUCUCAACACCAUUGCCCAUGACAUGCCGGAUUGGCUCGCACCACCACUUAGUCGCCCCAAGAGCAGAGAAGACUCGGCCAUGCUCUAUUCCACGCCAGUAUCUCCUCAGUCGGGUGGUUCCCUGAGCCCGACUAGAGGCUCUCUGCCCAAUGGCGACAACAUGGGCAACAUGGUGCCGCAUAACCAAAUGGCUCAAGCCAACCAUUUCGCAAUGGGUCUCGCCCCUGCUACCCCCCCUGUAUCCAGGUCGUCACCACCCAUCAUCCACAAAGUCAUUCCGCCCGAGGGCGAGCUCAGCGGCGGAACAGAAGUCACGGUGCUUGGCGCCUCCUUUUUCCAGGGACUCGAGGUAUGGUUCGGCGACAAUAAGGCCACGACGACCACAUUCUGGAGUGAGGCGUCGUUGGUGUGCCUGGUUCCGCCAUCCACAGUUGGCGGCCCGGUGCCUCUGACUCUGAGACUGCUGCCAGGAGCUCAGCCGCCACGCGGCAUGCAGGCUCCGCUCCAAUCCCAUAUGGGCAGACAGCAGACGACUUAUACAUACAAGUUCAGCGACGGAAACGAAAGCCCGGCGCGCUCUCCUUAUUCAUUCCUGAACGUGAAUCUGGCCAGCUUGCCCAUUUUCAAUGCCUACAUCCCGCAACCCGCACCGCUCAUGCGAAAGGUUCAAGAGAUGAUGUCGGCUUCGCCGAGCGGGAAGGGUGCGGACAGCUCGAGCGAUGAUGGUAGCAAGGCGGACUCAAGCGAUGAUGGCAGUAAGGCGGACUCGCGCUGGUGGGACCUCUCAUCGUACAUGAACAGCGCGGUGGCUCCUCCUGCUUAUAACGAAAUCUAUCCGGCAAAGGAGGCUCAGGUAGAGGACCUGGAUGCCAAGUCUGUUUUGUCCGUGGCCCGAGCGGCUGCUGAGGUAGAGGCCGACGAGAAGAGGCGCCGCGUCCGAACUGAUGAACAGGAGCCGUCCGUUACCAAGGCCACGGUCAGUUACGAAGAGCAUGCGACGACAACCAAUGCGGCCAAGGCCUCGGCCGGCGAAAGCAGCAGCAGCGCCGUCAUCCAGCCGCCCGCGAUCCUGGAGAUUGGACGCAAGCAUGCCAUCACCAAGGAGCAGCAAGAGAACUUUUUGCGGGCUCGGGAACAGAAGCUGAAGAAGCUUAGUAACGACCGAAACCUCUUCUUCAUCUGGAUCCCUCUUCUCUUGGUGAUGGUUUGCGCGCUGCUCUACAGCUAUUGCCCGUCACUCUUCCCAUUCAUCUUUGCCUCUAUUCGAGCUCUGAUCCACGUCUUGCUCCGCAUGCUCGAAUAA